AUGGGAAUUAUGCAUACUAGGUGUGUGGAAGAGUGUAGGAGCAAGGAAUAAAAUACUAAUUCUGAAUUGCAGGUGAUUUAAAAUAAAUAGAUUCUCAAAAGAAACCUUCAAACGACAAAUGAAUAAUGUACUUAAAAGACAACCCAAAAAGGAACAAUUUUCCUCUGUGAUCCAGAUUAAUCUAUGGAAAUAAAGGAGGAAGAUUCAUCCAGUAAUCUUUAAAACAAUCCAAUACCAGCAUUUGUUUCUGACAAAUAAUUGCAUUAAUUUGUGGUUCCAAGAAGGGAAAAUCGAUUUAUUUCAGAUAUUGAAAAUGAAGUCAAAGAAAAAAUAAAGAAAAUGUACAUAUUUCUAAACAAGUUUUAGAUAAUAUUAAGAAAAAUUUGAGGCUCUAUAAAUGCACUAUUCCAAAUUAAAUCUUUAAUAAUGUCCAUAAAUAUUCCAUAAGAGUUCCUCCAAUGUUCCAAAUUAAAAUGAAUUAAUUAGUAAUUUGAAUUGUUUCCAAAGUUCAAGUUUAGUGAUAGAAAAACUAUAAAGCACAUAAGUAGAUUGUAUUAGUGGGCCAAAUAAGGAGAGAAGAGGAAUAUUGAAAAGUAAUUCACCUUAAAAAUAAUCAAAGUCUUUUGAUACAAAUUCUGUUAAUUCUAACAAAAGGGUUCAUUUCUCUGGAGAUACAAAAUUCAAGUCAGAAGAUGCUAUAUAACAAUUUCAAUGGAGAAAAUUAAGAAUUGAAUGAGUG